AUGCGAACAGCGGCGCCAUGGAUGCCGCUGCUCGCGGCGCUGCUGGCGGCAGCCUGGCGGCCGGCCGCAGCGGGGGCGGCGCCGCAGGCGUCAGACGACGCCCGCCUGGCGCGGCUUGGCCACCAGCAGCAGAUCCGGUCUGUGGCGGACCUUCAGCGCGCCAUCUACACAGAGAUGCGCAUGAUGUCCAACACGCAGAGCGGCGGCGACGCCUGCGUGCGCCUGCUGACCGCCAGCGGCACGGUGGGGUGCGCCGCCGGGCGCGCCGCGGUGCAGGGCCGCCUGCUGCGCUUGGAGGCUCUGCCCCCGGACGCUGACGAUUACCCAGACGGCACCGCCCUCCUGCUGCCCCCCUCGCUGCUGGCCGACUUUCUGGACCAGUGCCGAGCCAGCCCCGCGCUGCUGCGCCGCGUGCGGGGCGUGCUGGUGGAGCCGGGGCCGGCGCCGGCCUACAGCCAGGCGGCGGCGGCGCCGCUGGCAGACUUUGCCCUGUACCCAGGCCGCUCCUAUGCCUGGAACCCGGCAGGCAGGGGCCUGGCUGGCAUGGACCUGCCCUUCCCCAUCUUCCUGCUGGACGACGCCACCGCCGCCAACGCCGCGCUGCGAGCGGCGGAGAAUGAGCAGCGGCGCACCAACGGCGCGCUGCACCACGCCCGCAUGCAGCUCGCCAUGGACGCAGCCGGCAACAGCAGCGCGUGCCUGGCGGCCGGCACGUGCCUGCCGCUGGGCGGGCACAGCGUGCUGGCCGCGCUGCCGCCGCUGCCAGGUGGCGGCGGGGAGGACGGCCUGCCGGCGUUGUGGCUGCUCUCCCAGUUUGACUCGGCUGCACUGUUUCACGAGGCGACGGCGGGGGCAGAUGCGCCCAUGUCGGGCCUGAUUGCCAUGCUGGCGGCCGCGCAGCUUCUGGGCAGCUACGUGCACGGCGACGGCAGCGCGACGGCGCGGGCGCCGUUCCGCCGCCGCCUCGUGUUUGCGGCGCUGGGCGGCGAGCCCUGGGGCCUCAUGGGCAGCAAGCGCCUGCUCUGGGAGCUGCACCAGGGAAACGCCUCGGCCGCCGGGCUCAGCCUGGCAGAGGGGCGCGUGGCCGGGGUUUUGGAGGUGACGCAGGUGGGGCAGGCGCGGCAGGGCGGCGGCGGCGACACCGUGCAGCUCUACACCCACACACCCGCCAGCGGCGGCCCCGCUGCCGCCGAGCUGCUGGCAGCGCUGCAGGCGGCGGCGGCGGCCUCCCAGCCCGGCCCCGGCGGCGUGGCGCUGUCCCCCGCCAGCAGCGCCGCCCCGGGGCUGCCCCCAACCGCCAGCGCCGGCUCAUUUGUGCGCGUGGCGGGCGGCGGCGGCGGCGGCGGCGGACCGCCCGCGGUGCUGCUGUCUGGCUUUGACGCCGCCUUCCGGGGCGCCACCUUUCAGACCCAGUUCGAUUCUCUGGAGACUGUGGAUGCAGACAGCAUCGCCGCAGCGGCGGUGGUACUGGCGCGUGCAGCGCACAGCCUGGCAUUAAGUGAUGGCAGCGCCAGCGGCGGCGGUGGCGGCGGCGGCGGCGGUGGCGAGCAGGGGCAGGCGCAGCCGCCGCUGCCUGUUGACUACGGGGCUGUCAAGGAGACGGUGCAGGGGCUCAUGCAGUGCCUGCUGAAUGCCAGCGUGGGCCUCAACUGCCCGCUGGCGGCGGCGGUGAUGAGCCCCGUGCGCGGCGGCCACGUGGCUCAUUACCUGGGGAUCCUGCACCCCCAGACGCCUGAUGCCAUGGUCAAAAGCGACACCGAGCGCUUCAUCUGGAACUUCCUGGCCUUUGCCACGGCCCCAGGCGCGGCGCCGGGGGCAGGCGCAGCAGCAGCAGCAGCAGCAGCAGCAGCAGCAGCAGGCGAUGGAGGAGGAGGGGGGCCAGGCGGCCUGCAGCGCUGCCAGCCCCUCAACGCCACCGCGUGCCCGCCGGGGCUGGUGUGCGCGGGGUCGAGGAGCAUUCGCGGCCCCGAAGGCCUGGGUGUGUGCCUGAAUACCACAGUGCGGUAUGUGCCCUCCUACAGUACCUCCCUGCUCUGCGACAGCUGCGACGGCAGCAGGACCCUGUACGACCAGCGCUGGCGCCUGACCGACGCGGCCGCGGCCUGGGAGCAGCAGCACGGCUGGCCCGCGGAUCCGGUGUGGACGGAGAGCAACUGGCCUCGCGGUACACCGGCACUGACGCUGUACCUGCGGGAGGCGCCGGGCGUGGACGGCGCGCUUCUGGCGGCGGGGCUGGCGGUGGCGGCGGCCAGCUUUGGCGGCACGCUGGCCCUGCGGGCGGCCUACCGGCGCAAGCUGAAGCGCCAGUGA